ACAAUAAUUGAGAGAGGUGUGGUCUAGCCGACAUUUUCUUACGUGUCAACCCUUGAUUGCUGCACUCCUCGGGAAUUGGGUUGCUACGGUCACCGGAUUUGCAGUUGCGAAAUGCAGAGAGAAAAUCUAGAGAGAGAGAGAGAGAUAGGUGUGGCCUUGAAGCUCAAGCAUGGCUUCAUCACCACCGUGGACCUGGCGAUGGAAGAGAAUAGGUGACUCUCAAAUGAAAUUCUCAAAUUGUCGUUCUUCUUCUUCUUUGAAUUCCUCAAUCCUCUUCACAUUCCGUUUGAUUCACAAAAAGCAGACUCGUCUCACCACUUCCUCCCUACAUUCAUCUUCUUCGUCAUCGUCUACUUCUUCUGCUCACAAUGGCAGGAAGAGAGUGAAGAAAUCUGUAAUACCAGUAACAUUUGGGGAUAAUUCAAAGAAUGAGGUCUCUGUUAAUCUACCUCAGUCCCGAAAGAGGACAAUUUUGAGUCUCAAAUCGUUGUUCAGGAGGCGAUCUUCGUGGAGAAGGAUCUUAUUUGCCUCGACCAAAGUCAGAAGCAUCGUUUUGCUCAAUCUCAUCACUGUUGUUUGUGCUAGUAACAUUCCGGUAGUGAAAGAGGUCGAAGCAAUCAUGGAUCCAGCAGCCUUCACCGUUGUGCGAUUUGCAAUGUCAGCGAUUCCAUUUAUCCCUUUUGUUUUACAUGCACGGGGUGAUGCUCAGACCCGUAAUGCUGGGAUAGAGUUGGGAUUCUGGGUCAGUUUAGGCUAUCUUAUGCAGGCACUUGGAUUGCUAACGUCAGAUGCUGGGCGUGCAUCUUUUAUUUCCAUGUUCACUGUAAUUGUGGUUCCCUUGCUUGAUGGAAUGUUAGGAGCCAUAGUUCCUGCCCGUACCUGGUUUGGGGCUCUAAUGUCUAUUUUCGGAGUUGCAAUGAUGGAAUCCAGUGGGUCACCUCCUAGUGUUGGUGAUUUGUUGAACUUUUUGAGUGCUGUAUUUUUUGGGAUCCAUAUGCUAAGAACAGAACAUAUUUCAAGAAGUACUGAUAAAGAGAACUUCUUAGCACUCCUUGGAUAUGAGGUAUGUGUUGUUGCUCUCUUAUCAACUCUGUGGUACUUCCUUGGAGGCUGGUUUGGUGGCAUCCACGAAGGUAAUCCCUCAUCGUGGACAUGGACAAUGUUUUGGGAUUGGAUGGCAGCAUUUCCAUGGUUACCUGCACUUUACACUGGUGUAUUUUCAACAGGGUUAUGCUUAUGGGUAGAGAUGGAUGCUAUGCGUGAUGUAUCAGCCACCGAAACUGCUAUUAUUUAUGGCUUGGAGCCAGUAUGGGGUGCUGGUUUUGCAUGGUUUCUUCUUGGCGAAAGGUGGGGCUUGACUGGAUGGAUUGGUGCUGCUCUUGUGCUAGGCGGAAGCUUAAUGGUGCAGAUAUUUGGAUCAUCAUCUUCCAGUUUAUCUAGAGAAGGUAAAGAUGGUAAGCAAGGGGAUCACUUAUUAGUUUCAGAUAAACAAAGUGGUUUCUAUUCUUCUCCAAUUGUUGUGAGCUCCAGAAAGGAUGUUCCUGACAUACUGAAGAAGUAAGCUGCAUCACUAGUGAUGUCUGCACUCUAUUGGAUCUUCCUUUAUGCAUAUGCAUAAUAUGACAUGCCGAUAAAUAACAAAUAUAGACAUAUAUAUAUAUAUAUAUAGAGAGAGAGAGAGAGAGAGAGAGAGAGAGAGACAUGUCUUUGUAACUUCUUUGCAAAUAUGUAAUUGUCUGUUGGGCCUUAGUCAAAAUAUGAACAACUAACUGCUAGAGUCCUAUAGGCUUUUUGCCUUUCAUGUACAUUCCACGAAAAUAAACAUUUAUACGUUUUGAAAUGGAAGUUGAAGAACUUUAUUGUAUUCGUCUUGAAAUGGCAGUUGAAGAACUUUAUUGUAUU